AUGGCGCCGACGAUGCCGUCUUUGACACCCGGGUUUACUACCUUCCAAAGAGUCCUGUCGACGGAAUCUCUUGACUCUUCCACCACGUUCUUGGUCUCGCUGCUCAAACGGCGCCAGAUCAAAGGCUCAAAACGAUGCGCAGUGGCGACCACACUCCUUCUCCUCCGCACCGUUGAACUUACCAAACAAGCAGAUUCUGACAGGCUGAUUCAAAGAGUCUCGGAAGUCGGCAAGAAACUCAUAGAAGCCGCUCCCCAUGAACCUGCCGUGGGUAACAUAGUUCGCAGAGUUCUUGGUAUAAUCAGGGACGAGGACGAGGACGAUCUGGUUGGUACAAGAACAGGGGAGGAUGGUAGUCCCACGAGCGAAACUGGCUCGGACUCUAUUGCAGCGCUUGAGCUGGCACAAUCAAGAGCCGGCUCACAUUCAAUACCUAGCAGCCUCUCGACGAGAACAGCAGCGAAAGCCAGUCCUUCGCCGCAACGAGGAACAACCCGUCCCCCUUUGAUGAGCUCCCAUACCGGAGUACCGGGCGGCGCCCGCCCGGUGACAUCUAUGUUCAGUAUUAUCUCACAUCCAACAAUGAGAGCGCCCGGCGUUGAUUCACCCACGCAUCGAAGUGGUACUGCUACUCCGCAGAUGACUGCAUCAGGAAUCCUCUCCAAUCUGCGCCCAGAAGUAAUCAAGGGUAUCAAGGAGAUCAUUGACGAGAUCAACGCGGCGGACGACGAGAUUUCGGCGGCGGCGCUGGAACAGAUCCAUCCGCAGGAGACGAUAGUCACAUACUCCUCCUCCCUGACUGUCCAGCGUUUCCUGCUCAAGGCCGCGUCAAAGCGAAAAUUCACCGUCAUUCAUGCAGAAGCAUACCCUAACAACCAUCUGAAAACGCACGCCCUCCUGACCGGUACUCACGAUACCGCCGAGGAUGAAGACAACCUGCCGAACGACUCAUUCUCUAAACCUUUGACCUCGGCUGGUAUUAGCGUUGUCAUGAUUCCGGACUCUGCCGUCUUCGCCGUUAUGUCGCGCGCCACAAAGGUGGUCUUAGAUGCACACGCCGUGCUGACCGAUGGUUCACUGGUGGCCGUAUCAGGGAGCAAGGCCGUGAUCAAAGCUGCACGGUUCCAUCGUGUUCCGGUGCUGGUAGUGGCCCCAACGUACAAGUUGUCGCCUGCAUAUCCCUACGAACCACACGAGCUGAUCGAGUACGGCGACGCUGGGAAAGUGCUUCCCUUUCAGGACAGAGAGUUAUGUACGGGAGUAGAGACUGGCGUCAGGAAUCCGCUUUAUGACUUUAUCGAAGCUGGGCAUGUUGAUUUGUUCGUCACCAACCAGGUCCCUGCUGUUGUGAGCGCAGGCUAUCUCUACAGAGUUGUGCGCGAGCAGUAUCACGACGAGGAUUUACAAAUUUGA